UGAGAGUCCAUCACUGGGCAUCUGGUGUGAGCAUCUGUCAGUGAGUGACGGCACCUCCUGCUCCUGCCCCCUGGAAACUAUGGUGCCGGGACGGAUGCCUAGGGCUGGACUCCUGCUGCUGCCCCUUCUCCUCUGCUUCGGGCCAGAGACCACCAGGAGCAUCAACCCGGCCGCACUCAAAGUGAUUGUGAAUUAUAUUGAUAAGUUUCACCCUGACAAGGACGGCCAAUACGCAGCCGCGGUGAGCCUGCCCCAGGCAGCGUGUAAUCUCCUCCACGAGGAGCAGCUGAAGAUGUAUCUGAAUGAGACAGAGCUGAACGAGAUGAAGGCUAAACUCAACAGCAAGGAGCUGUUCGAGGGCCAGAACGUCGUGGCUGCCCGGCCCAAGUUCCAGAAGAAGAACUCCACCCUGCACUCUGAGUUCCUGCUGCUCAGCCCGGACCAGAACGGCGUCAGCCCCGUCUCCCGCCUCCUGGACAAGACCCGGGGCCAGGAGACCUGCCCAGAAACCCACGUCCCAUGCAAGGAAUGCGGCAACAACUGCUACAAGAAGUGGUCCCCGGGCCAACCCUGUGGUUGGAACAGCUGCCUCAUCUUCUUCACCAAGAACUCGCCGUGCCUGGGCACCUGCCUUAACGACUCGAGCUGCUUCUACAUCCGGGACCUCAUGGACGGGGUCUUCGGCGCCAUCAACAACAACUUCCGGGCAUUGGCCUUCCGGCAGGUCUACCCACCAGACAAGGUCCAGAAGCGGAAGGCAUUGUGGGAAGCCUGGCAAACCAUCCAAAACGCCCCAAUGUACAAGUGUGAUAACAACGGCUGUGCCAGCUGUGAGGAGAAGAGCCUCAGCCAAAACCCCUGCCUGGAGGGGGUGCCGGAGAUGGGGGAGGUGCCACAGAGAGCCCAUGGGUGACGGGAUCCCAGUGGGGAUGAGUUGGCUGGCUGGGAUACAACAAGUCAACACACCAGUCAAUUCAUCUCCCUUACAUACCCCUCUGUCUCUCUGGCUAACACAUCCGCCUCUGUGUCACACCCUCUAUCUAGCCAUUGCCAUAGAUACUGGGGGGGGGCCCUGCAAUCCUUCCCCCUUGCUCUCAUUUCUAGGGUGCCCACAACCGUGGUACGGCAGUCCUGGAUUUGCCCUGUGAUCUCUCUCGCUCUGUGUAGUGCCGCAGCCCCAUCUGUGUCAUGUGUGUGCAAUUCCAACGUGGAGCGCUGAGUACAAACAGGGGUGGCACAGAUGGGACGUGUCAGUGGAUGGGGCAGAUGGGGGGUACGAUAGGAA